AAUCCAUAAAUAAGAAGAGAAACAAAUAUAGCAUUCACACAUACAAUUUCUGAAAAACUGUUAACUGAAGAAUAACAAUUAUGGAGAAAAUAGAGCACACAACAGUUUCUACAAAUAACAUAAACAUGCACGUAGCAGCAAUCGGAACAGGCCCAGAAAUCCUCUUCGUCCAUGGCUUUCCUGAACUCUGGUACUCAUGGCGACACCAACUUCUCUCUCUAUCCGCCCUCGGCUACCGUUGCAUAGCGCCCGACCUCCGCGGAUACGGUGAUACGGAUGCCCCGGAAUCAUUGACGGAGUACACAGCGUUUCACAUCGUGGGCGACUUGAUUGGGGUCCUCGACUCGAUGGGGAUCAAGCAGGUGUUCUUGGUUGGACAUGACUGGGGUGCUAUGAUAGCCUGGUAUUUUUGUUUAUUCAGACCUGAUAGAGUCAAGGCCUUGGUCAACACCAGUGUCGCAUUCCUGCCCAGGGAGCCGCGGGCCAAGCCGACCGACCUGUUCAGGACUAUUUACAGUGAUGAUUACUAUGUUUGCCGAUUUCAGGAGCCUGGAGAAGCUGAAGAAGAUUUUGCUCAAGCUGAUACAGCAAAAUUGAUUAGGAGUGUUUUUACUUUGCGCGACCCGAGUCCGCCUAUUCUGGCUAAGGAGAUUGGAUUCAGAUCGUUGCCCGAUCCUCCGAGUUUACCCUCUUGGUUGACGGAGGAAGAUGUCGACUACUAUGCUGAUAAAUUUAACAAAAAAGGGUUCACCGGAGGAUUGAAUUAUUAUAGAAACAUGAACAGAAACUGGGAGCUAAUGGCACCAUGGGAUGGGGUCCAAAUAAAAGUAGCAGUAAAGUUCAUAAUUGGAGAUUUGGACCUAACCUACCAUUUUCCAGGAAUGAAGGAAUAUAUACACAAUGGUGGGUUCAAACAAGUUGUUCCUCUUUUGCAAGAAGUGGUGGUAAUGGAAGGUGUAGCUCACUUCAUCAACCAAGAAAAACCUGAUGAAAUUAGUAAACAUAUUUAUGACUUUAUUACCAAGUUUUGAUUAUGUUAAUGCAAAUUAGAGAAGCUAAUUAAUAAUUUCAUGUGGGUUAGCUCUUCCUUAAUAAGAACAAACAGCUGAAUUAGUAGUUGAUGCCUUGAUGGGAAAUAAAAUUAUUUCAUGGUUUCUGUC